UCGCGAAAAGUGGAUUUUUUCUCAGGGAUGUUUACACAAACAUCGCCAAUUGAUGAUGCCACAUCGUCUGUCUGGGUGCUGCAUUUGUGUAUCAGUUUUGCUUCCGCAACACCAACGACGGACGGGACGACAUCCUACGACAGCUGUGUAGUAGACAAGGUGCAGCCCGCUGCCAUCGCGCGAUCGUAGUGACUAGAAGGAAAAUCUCCGGGAGACGCGUUUUUCUUUUUCACACGCCACCGGACCGGACCGAUCGACAGCGUCAACAGCAGCGGUAUGGCGCAAAUCAGACUAUUCGGAGUUGUCGGCUAUGUGUACGCACUGCUCAACAUUCUCAUCGCCAUCAGUGUCGCGAUUCGAUGUCUGGGAUCGUUCGGAAGCGAAUACGAAAAUAACACGGUCCUGGCGCUUAAGUCGAUAUUUGCGCUGUUUUGCUUCGCAUUCGCGAUUAUGCUGGUGAUCGGCAUCAAGAAGGAAAAACUAGAAUACAUCAUUGUGUACAGGAUCUUCGUGCUGUUUCGAAGCACUUGUGGGCUGGUUUACAUGAUCAUCAACCAGUUGAUCGUUAUUGUUGACAACGCCAAUACGUCCAGCUCGCUAGUGGUGGUGUUCAGUGUGUUGUUGUUGAUUGUUGCUGUAUUGUUGUUUAUCGGGUUCGUUACCAUCGAACUGUGGGUUUUGGCUGGCAUCAAAAGUUUCGUAGAACUGCCUAUCGAAGUCGUUAAAAUGCCUGCUGUAACUCCGGUGUAACAAAAAUACAAUAUGUUAUUUUAAGUCGCCAACGACGAAUAAAAUACAGAAUAAACAAAAAAGAUUAAAACUACAAGCUUAAAAAUGAAUCUGUAAUAUACAUUCACUUAAAACCUUAUCGAGUAGUGA